CGCACUCGGUCGCCGGCGGAGCCAGGGGACACGUGACGGGGUGUGUCAAGCACUCCAGAGGGGGAACAGGGCUGGAAUACUUUUCAUCUCUUAAGAGGUUCGCCUCUCCGGUCUCCCGGCUCCUGGCCGCUGCUGUGGCCCCGAGUGCGCCCGCUGGCGCGCACACAGGCUGUUAUUUCUGAGCAACCGCGGAGGGUGCCCGAGGAUCCGGGCGGCGCUGAAACAACGUCAAGGUCUUGCAGCUCAGCGCGGACGGUCGGGGCUCCGCCAGGGCGCCCGCCCCUCAAAGACCCGGGAGGGUUCUCCCCCCCACCCCCACCCCGCGCCGCGCAGUCGGGCUCGUCCGCCUUCUCUCCUCGAGGCUCUCCCUCCCAGGGCCCUCCCAGGGCCGCGGGGCGCGUGUGCCCGGACUGGCCCCGACGGGCGGGGCGGGCGUUCCGGGGACUGGAGGCGCGGAGGGGGGCCGCCCGUGAGCCCGAGGCCGGCCCCCCCGCGUCCCCCCCCCCCCGCGUCCCCACUGAGGCUGCAAAAUGGAGGCGGCGGGCGCGUUCCCGCCGGGCGGGGCUUCGGCGCGGCCCGAAAAGGCCGCCGGAUCCGGGCGGCCGGAGCCCGUCGUCGCCCGGGCCGCCGCAGACGCCCGCAGCCCGGCAGCUGCCGGCGUGGCGCCCGCGGCAGCGAGGCCGGGGCGAGGCUGUGGAGGCGGGAUGCCGGCGGCCGCGAACAAGGACGCCAUUAUCGCCCCGGCCUGGCGGAGCCGCGGCCGGGAGCUCGGCGGGGGUGGGGGGGGGGGUGGGGGAGGAGGGGACUGGGCGGGGCCGAGGCGCCGGCGGGGAGGCUGCGGGUGUCGCGAGAGGCGGCCUCCCCCGCGGGCGGGCCGGCGGCCCCCUCCCCUGUCGGCUCUCUCCCGGCAGAGGAGGCUUUGGUGGAGGGCGGCCCACCCAGCCGGGAGCGUCCCAGUGCGGGCCGGGGUCGCGGCGGGCGGCUCUUACCUGGGCCUUCCCUUUCUUUAUCGUCCGCCAUCUUGUUGCGGAGCCGUCGCCCGGGAGAUGCCUGGCGUCACCCUAGGUCGAGGCGUCCUUGCCCCCACCAGCCCCCGCGCGAGUCCAGACCCUGGGGCGGGGGCGUUGGGGGGGGGGGGAGGCUCCGAGCGCGCGCUCCCCCUCCCCCGCGCGCCCCUCUCCCCGCCCCCUGGGGACGAGGGAGGGAGGGAGCCCCGAGCCCUUCGCUCCCUGCUGACCCGUGCGGGGACCUCGCAGACGCGGCUCCCUCCCUCCCGUGUUUGCGCGACGUGGCGCCGCUCGGCCUUUUCCCUGCGGAUGUUAACAGGCAGCCGGAGAGCCGGGGGCCGAGCCGUGGCUUCCCGGCGCGGGGGGCAGCGGGCGCAAACUCGGCGCCGUCGGGGCUGCAGCUUCCGACCCCAAACGGGAGGGUGUCCCGGCCCCCGAGUGGUGUCCGCCUUCCUCCUCGACGUGCACGUGAAAAUGCCCUCGCUGGUGAAAUGUGACGUGACCUCCAGUUAAGAUCGCCACGGGAAAGUUUUCAAUGCCGCUGCUCUCAAACUUUGAUGCCGUAGCCUGAUGUUACAUUUCUGUCUCCUUUUAAGGAUAAGCUCACUAUACGAGGACGUUUUCUUUUUAAAAUGAUUUUUGCAUUAUCUGGUUCAAAUAGGAGAUUUUUAAGCUAAUCUUGGAUGAUUUUUAAGUGCAUGCUAAUUGGAGUGACGUUAUGUAAACCUGUAUGAACUGUUCACAGUAAAUGUUGAGGCCUUCAAAAUGCAAGGUACUAGUAUCUAAUGAUUUUCUUAACGUAGUUUUUAUGCCCCUUUUAUUCUGGUCCUAUACUCUCUCAGUGAACCCUAAAGCAAACUAGGCUUAAUUAAAAUAAUUAUUUGUUAUAGAAGAUCUUCAAUUGGUGCCACGACCGGCAUUCUCUUUGAAAUUGAUUAGAAACUAUCGAAUCAUCACAAAAUGGCUUCUAUUAGAAGAUAGGGACUUCCAUAAAAUGGAUACAGUUGUUUACAGUAAAUUCUCAACACCCCAAAACAUGGGGAAGUAACCAUUAGCAUUCACAUAUAUGUAAAUUUCAUGGUCGUUAGAGUCUAGUAGUUUGUUUUUAAAGACUCCCUCUCUCUAUACAGAUAGUGAAGGGCUUUGAAAUAAACGUAGGAAAGAAAACCUCAGCUUUGGUCUCAGGUUUCCUUUUCACUAUGCCUUUUCACAGGCCGUUUGCAGUUUCUUUUUUCCGGAAUGCCUUUCUCUCAAAAUUCACCCUCCUGCAAAUGCACAUUUGCCCCCCCCCCCCCCCGUCCCCCCCAGUUGUCAAGACGUUGAAGGUCACAAACUCCUUGAAGCUUCCUCUGUGGUCCAGGACUCCUAGAGCCUCGUCCAUUGAUCUGCGAUGACUUUGUAUAUUUACUUGUACUGCGAGCUCUCGAGGACAGGAAACACUUUAUUGGUCCACAUGUUGGUCCCCGGUGCCUAGAACAAUUUGCCAAUUUUUGUGACUGAAAUAACAUAUAUAUUCAAAAUUAAGACUGGAAUUAGUCCUUUCAGUGACUCAGUAACAAGCAAAGCUUUUGAUUAUUUAGAAUAGUCCAAAUCACAUUAAUCUCUACUUCCCCGAAUUCCUACAGCAUAUUUAAGACAAUACGGUUUCUCUAAAUUUGGAUGAGUAAAGAAGUAACAUAUUAAUUAAUGUCUCUCUUCCAAUUAAUUAGGUUUGAAGACAGAGCCUGACCAUAUACAUCUUUUAUAUACCCAUAGUUUCUCUACGUCACCUAAUUUGGGACACAUACUAGGAGAUUAAAACAUACUUUUCAAUUGACUAGCUGAUUACACGUAAAAGUAUCAUUAUUUUGGAAAGCUCCACAAAGUGGAAAAAAAAAUGGUAAUCCAAAUGACAAAAUAGAGGUCUACAAUGCCAGUGAGUAAUUAUCUACACGAUGCUACUUGACUGUCCACUUUUCUUUGGUUGUGGAAAACUGACUUCUGAUUUUAUUACACUUUAAAUUCUUUUAAAAUGUUAUUAACUUGCUUUGGACAAUGGCAAACUACAACUGGUCCCCCCCCCCCCACCCCCGGAAUAUAUUUUGUUUUUGAACUAUGACUUUGAGUAACUUUGUGAUAAUACUGUAUGUCGCUAGAGCAUUCUUUCACUUAAGAUUCUCAUCGUGAUUUUUCAUGAGUUUUUCUGAAAUUCCUAAUUGGAAAAUUAUUUCUGGCCCCACUCAGAUAUUAUACAAUCUUAGGGCUAAAUCAGACUAUCAGACUGUUAAAAAGCAAGGGCACAGUUCUAGACAAUGACAGUUGAUUAAUUAUUCAGUGGGGCCAGAUGGAUAUGUACAGGUUAUGUCCUUUUGCAUGUUUGAAUUUAUAGUGAGUUAAAUCUGUUUACACAGGCGUUGAUUCUAUGCCAGUGAGGGACACGGAAGAUGUCUGUUCCGUGCCUGUGAGGGACAAAGAAGAUGUUUCUUCUGAAUACAGUUGACUCAGUUACCUGAGUUGUGUCUGAAAUGGAAAGUUUACGGCAAUAGAAAUAACCCUUCUGGAUACUGUGUAUACAUUAUCUCUUUUCAUCCUUAUGAGGCUGAUACUGGCAUCCCCGUUGUACAGAUGAGAAAGCCACAUCUUCACAUUAAUGGCCUGCUUCAGUCGAGUUUCCAUGUCCUACGCAUAUAUAUCAGAAUGCAGAGAAUUUUUUUCUCCACCAGGAGUUACGUGACAGUGCUGUAGCCCGUAGCCCCUUCAGAGAGCUGGCAGGAGGCAUCUCAUUUGAAUAACUGUUUCUGUGGUGUGAAAAUCUUGCCACUGAAGAUAUCUGCUAUUUCAGGCAAUGUCCUGUAUUCCCAGUUUCAUCCAAUAGCCUGCUAUUUAAGUUUGGAUAGUCUUUAUUGAUGAAUGUUUAUCGCUUCUUAGGCCAAAAAGUGAAAUCUUCUUUUUUUUUUUUCCUUUAGCUCUUGGGGGAAAAAAAUCCGUCCUUGAUUGUAGUAAUCGGCUUAUCUUCGGUACUUAGUAAUAUCUAUCUGCUCUGUUACUUUUUGUAAAAUAAUAACUAAUAUUGCAAGUCCUAUGUGCUCAGCCUGAAAUUAUAUAUAGGACUUUAACCCUCACAAUGACCCUAUGAGGUAUGCACCUGUGAUUAUUCAUUCCCUCUUGACACUCUAAGGAACUGUGACCUGGAGAAGUGAGAUUCCUUACCCAAAGACGUAAAGUUGACCAAAGUGAGUUACGAACUCAGGUAGUCUGACUCCGAAACCUAUAGUAUUAGCCGCUCUCCUAUGUUUUUGUCCCCAGUUGUCCUUUUUUGCAUCAUGUUUUACAAAUAAACCUCUUUCAGACUUCUUUUAAGGAAA